AUGAACUUCUUCCGUGAAGCGGAUCGAUUAAGUUCCUUUGAAAAAUGGCCUGUCCCGUUAAUGGAUCCCAGAAAGCUGGCGGCGGCUGGCUUUUACUUUUUGAAUCAAAGCAAUGAUACUGUGCGGUGUGCGUUUUGUGGUGUAGAAAUCGGUAAAUGGGAACAAGAUGACGACCCCUUCGUGGAUCAUCGAAAAUGGUCAGGUAAUUGUAAAUUUGUCAAGAAAUUACCGUGUGGAAACGUUCCGCUAGAUCCAUCAAAUGAUACUGCAUUAUUCACUGGAGCUGGUCAUGAUGAUCAUAGGAGUUUCGGAAUAGAAUUGAAACGGAAAGUGACGGAAAGCGAAUAUCCACCGACAAAGCACAAUGAUGUUCCUCCAUUAGAAAAAUUAAGUGUACAAAAGAAGGAAAGUCCUAUGUUUCCAAAGUAUGCUACACUCAAAGCCAGGCUAAGUUCAUACAUUCUAUGGCCGAUUUCUCUGAAGAUCAAACCGGAAAUGCUAGCACACGCUGGUUUGUUCUACUUGGGUAAAGGUGAUCAUGUCAUGUGUUUCCACUGUGGUUUGGGAUUACAAGAUUGGAGGGAUGACGAUGAUCCCUGGACAGAGCACGCGCUAUGGGCCGGCAGAUGCAAUUGGGUGCUCUCAGUUAAAGGUAAGGAAUUCGUGAGCAGAAUCGUUCGGAAGGAAAAAAGCUUGAGAACUUUCCCAUUUCGAAAACAGUCCCUUGAAAGUAUGCUCGCUGCAAAAAGCUUAAGGGCUCUGACAGUAGAGCCACAACCCACUGAAUCGGGCGAUAAAUCGAUCGUCUUCAAAUCGAGUACAAGCCAGUCUUCCGGACCAAAAGUGCCUCCUUCUGAAACGAGCACCAGUAAUUGUAGAGAAUGUAAAAUUUGUUUUACUGAAGAGAUAAGUGUUGUAUUCCUUCCUUGCGGUCACACCAUGGCAUGCAUCGAAUGUGCCCAAUCUUUGGAUAGGUGCCCCGUGUGUCGAAAAUCAUGUUUAGCUACUGCUCGAGUGUAUUUACCUUAAAUCCUUUUUUGUGAAAAACCAAGAAGUUAAUGAAUCAUUGACAACCUGCAGUUGAUUCAAUCUAUUUUCUUAUCCUUGCCACGAAAGUCUUUUCAAAUAUUUGAUCCCAUUACAGCUAUUAAAAUAAACCUGUACCGCUCUAA